AUGAAACCACAGCACCGCAAGAACGACACAACAUCUACUACUUCGUCUAUUGACUCUCGAGAAAGCGAUGCGUUCUCCCUGCACAGCAACCAUUCUUCGGAAACCAGCGUUGAAGAGGUCAAUUCCCAUAUGGCUCCCAAGAAUAUGGACGCAUAUCCAGCAAUCGAUGCUGAUUACGGUCCUCCACCAGCGAUACCACCGCGACGAUAUGCACCGUGUGUUGCGAAACAAGAUGCCGCAUUCCAGCCUACCUGCACGCUUCGACCUACACGCUGUGCCACGAACGACAUUGCCCAUCACCCCACCGCUAGCCGCAAGAUGUCGAGUUUGAGCCGCCACCGGAAGAGUCUCGAUUCGCACCCGAGUAUGGGCGCCAUCAGUCAAUCGCCAAGCCGCUCUGAAUCGAACAAGUCAGAUCGUGGGCGGAGCACAAGCCCAACACUGAGUGAGGCGGAGGGCGAGCUUGAAAGAUCACUCGAUUACCUCGCAGACGAUGCUUUCUUAGGCAGGCUGGCGGACAACGACCUGCAGCACCUGACCCCUCACCAGAACAGCCUUGCAGAGCCAUGGAAAAAGCACAUGACUAAGCUGUCAGCCGAACCUGCUCCGUUGUUACCGAGAAGAUCAAGCAAGCGACAAUCUGUCAUCAACGUGGAGUUGUUCAGACUAUCUCGAGUACCGAAUGAUCAUAUCGCGUCCCAAAUCGCAAGAGGACGUUCUCUCAAAAGGGACCAGGGACUGACUAUUACCAUCUCUCCAGCCAGCCAUGGAAUAACUGGAAAGCCUGUGCUGCCGCCGCUCCAGCUUUCUGCUAAGCAAGAGCCUCGAAUUAUCAGUCCGAGCGAUGCCGAGAAGGUGCUUUACAAGAUCUUACAAAGUCUGGAUGGGCUUGAUGAACUGUUUGCGACAGCUGUUGUCAGCAGUGGACUCUACCGCGUAUUCAAACGUCAUGAGCUCGAGCUUAUCAAGUCUGUCCUCCAUAAUUCAUCAGCACCUGCGUGGGAGUUCAGGGAGACUGCUUUCCCUGGACACGACCUGCUACACGAUGAGGACCUUGAGAUGACGCGGCCAUUCGAAGAGUACACACCUACCAGUUAUCUCCAUCUCCAGAAAUGUGAUGAGCAGAUUCUGCGGAAGAUCAAGACGAUGAUCAAGGAGAAGUGCCAGUCAUUUGUGCGGCCUGAAAUCUCUGCUGCGCUUGUCGACGAAAAGUCGCCCAACUCCUCAAGAGUGAACGAUGCUUUGUGGCGCAUUUGGUCAUUCUGCAAGAUCUUUGGGUCUGGAAGAGGACGUGAAGACGAUAUCGUGGCUCAGCAAGACUGGCUCAAGGGGGGUGCACAGGUCCACCAACAAGCAUGCACCUUCAGUCUCGUGAGCACAGACUUCAUGAAUGAUACUCUGAUCAGCGCGCCGGAUUGCUUUGCGAAGGGCAACGAGGGCGGCUUAACAGCAGAGCAGUUGUUUGACAUGAUGGAGCUCUGGAACUGCUUGGGUGUUUUGCUGCAGGGAUUCCGAAGUCGUACUGCUGAUGCGCGGAAGUUUGGCAUUUACGAUCAUACCGAGAUUCGAGGAGGUGACAUCGAUGGAGAGGAGAUGAUGCUGGACGAAUGGUGUCACCACCUUCUCAGCUUCGGCCUCUCCACCGUGCUAGUGCUUGCCCGCCCCUGUGAUGAAAACAACGCGAUCGCAUUCGAGUUAGCUCACGAGAGGAGCUUGACUAGCUGGAAGCCUCCUGUUGGUGGUAGCAGUCGAAGGAGUUUCUUGAAAGAGGCAGCUUCGCGUGUCUACGAAGAUAGACUUGCGCAUGUCUAUGCGGAAAGCUCGACACGCGAGCUCCAGCGCCUAAUGUCGAAGCAACGCGUAAAGAAAUACAUUCACGAGCUCAAGACUCGCAAAGGACCAAUAAUUCGCCAGAGUCAGGAUCGACCCAUGAGCGAGUGGGAGAGCGUAAUGAGCAGCUUGAUCCGGCAGCACCCUUCUCUGCCGACUACGAACAAUAUUUCCUCACACGUUCCUUCGUUUCGGCCUACCUCUACCAUCGCACAGGAAAUCUCAACUCACAUAGCCGAACUUCCUGCAGCAGUCCCUGCAGUACCUCCCACCGCAAGGGCCCUUCUUCCGCCACUGAUAACCCAGUCGCCGCCACGACGAACCGUAGCCCAACCUCUGCUUCCCUCUCCUCCAUCCUCCACGAUCUCCGGCCCGCGCGAUCGAAGCAGCAUAGCAACAACCAUGGCCUCGAUCAUCGAGUACCCAGAUUUCCGCACCCAAGAUCCCGUUCCGCAGAUACCGUUCCCGAACCACCCGGCCUUCCGCGCCCAGCGACCACACGUCACCAGGAAAGAAACCGACAUCAGCCCCAGCUCGCGUGACUCGAGCGAGAGUGACCGUAGCGCGGUACUCGCUCACCACCCAGUGUUCCAGCAGCAUCAGGCACAAGCCGAUAUCUUCGACAGCCCGGCCCACGAGCACACGGCCGAGAAGGCCAUCUACCGGAUCGUGGAGAUGGGAUUCACUGCCGAGCAAGCGAGGGAGGCUUUGCGCGUCACAGACUUGGGCGAUGGGUUGAGGGUUGAUCGUGCUGUUGAGUUGCUAUUGAGUCGACAGAUGUAA